AUGGAUAGCUCUGACACUGAUACAACAAAGGAAACACCAACCACAGCAGAUACUGUCAAUAACAAUAAUAAUCAUAUAGAUAACAGUAAUAAUAAUAAUAAUAAUAAUAAUAAUAAUAAUAAUGGUGAAAGUGGUAGUGAUACAGAUGAAGAAGAACAACCUCCAUCGUCACCUAUAAAUACAACCAAUGGAUCAACCAAAGAUAAUAAGAUCAUCAACACCACCAGCUCACUUACAUCUGCCUCUGUUGCAUCAUCUGCACCUGCUCUAUCCAAUAAUAAUAUCAACAACAAUAAUAAUAUCAACACCACUUCUACACAUAAUGGUGGUGGUGGCGGUGGCGGCGGAGGUGACAAUAAUAAUAAUAAUGGUAAUCUAUUUGUAAACUUUCUUCCAAAUACUAUUACUACCGAAACAUUGCAUGCUAUGUUUUCAGUAUUUGGUGAGAUUGAAUCGUGUCGUGUCAUGGUUGAUUUAGUAUCUGGUCUUAGUAGAGGUUUUGGUUUUGUUAAAUAUAAAGAUAAUGCCUCAGCACAAUAUGCCAUACAAUCAAUGAAUGCAGCAAAAAUAGAAAAAAAGACAUUAUUGGUUAGAUAUGCCAAUUCAGAAUCUCAAUCAUCAUCAUCAUCGUCAUCUUCUUCGUCGUCAUCAUCAUUAUCACAACCAAUUACACAUCAACAUCAUCACCUGCCAGACUUGGAACAUCACAAACCAAGUAACAAUAUAUUCAUCAAAGGUUUACCAACUACUUUUACACAGGAUCAAUUGAAUACCUUUUUCUCCACCUAUGGCAUUGUUUUGGAGUCCAAAGUAUUGCUCGACAUUGCCACCAAUGCCAGUCGUGGACAAGCACUCGUCCGAUUCUCUGAGGUUGAAUCUGCAACCAAAGCAAUCAAAGCACUUGAUAAUUAUAAAUUCCCUGGAUCUGAUAAACCUGUCAUCAUUAAAUAUGCUGAUUCUGAAGAUGAUAAAAUCCUAAAGAGACAAAAAGCAACAUCAAAGAGACAACCAAUUAGAUAUUCUCCCUAUCCAUCACCAAAUGCCACUCCAUCAUUGUAUUCUCCGGCAGCGUAUUACUCGCAAAUGGCAAUGCCAAGUUUACCAACCAUACAAUCACCCAUAUUGUCAACUGGUUCGGAUCCAACCAAUCUUUAUGUUUACAACCUGCCCACUGAUGCCGAUGAUGCUCUCCUCUAUCGACUUUUCAGUCCUUCUGGCGCUAUUGCUAGCGUUAAAGUCGUAAAGGAUCCCAUCACUCAGGCAUGCAGAGGGUUUGGAUUCGUAAGAAUGGUUAAUCUUACAGACUCUCUCAAUGCAAUCAACUCUGUCAAUGGCUCCAUUGUCGAAGGAAAAAUUUUACAAAAACCACAACAACAACAACAACAACAACAACAACAACAACAACAACAACAACAACAACAACAACAACAACAACAACAACAACAACAACAAAACCAACCAAAAAACAAUAACCUUCCAAUUAAUAAUAAUCAAAACAAAAAAAAAAAAAAGUAUUAG